CAGGCAGUGGCCAUUUCAGCUUCGGCCGCUUUACAAGAUCCACAUCUCAUGCUUCAUUACAAGGACUUUUUCGGACUUUUCUACCCGGUGCAAAUCUUGUUUUGCAAUUUACAUGGCGUCAUUUCUGCAGACAUCUUACUCUUUGUUAAGAGGAGAUCGUGAAAAGUGACAAGAUAUCAGGAUGAUUUGAGCAGGGACUUACAGAUUGCCUGCUGCACCGGCGGUGUGUGACAAUCUGCCAGCGAAUCCAAGAGAACCUCCGAUUUUUCAUGGGUAAAGUGUUACACGACAGUGAGAGGAUUCUAACGGAGAGGAACGGCGUGUUCUGAUAUCGCCUCGGCUGUCACGAACGUCCCGAAUGCGAGACCACGACAAGAAGAAGAAGAAGUGCUGUUCACAACUGCCUUGGUCGUACCAGGACGUCUGGAACCGUUAGAAUGGCAGCCGGGCAGGCCCGGGGUUCGUACGCCGUUCUCCUGCUGGUCUGUCUCUUCUGGGUUCCGCGGAUAAUCCGGGGAAAUACCUCCAAACAAGAGGGCCCAACACCCAGCGUGUUCUUGGACAAACUACUGGAAAAGUACGACGCGAGGAUCAGGCCGAACUUUAAAGGCGAGGCUGUGAACGUGUCUGUUGACAUCUUUGUGAACAGCUUUGGAUCAAUCGCCGAAACUACAAUGGAUUAUCGAGUGAACAUUUUCCUGAGACAGCGGUGGAACGACCCGAGACUGAAGUUUAUGGAUUACAACGAAAGUUUGAGUCUCGACACGAGUUUGCUGAGGAAGAUUUGGGUUCCUGACUUGUUCUUCGCGAACGAGAAGGGAGCGAACUUCCAUGCAGUGACGACAGAAAACAAGCUAUUAAGAAUCUCCCCAGCUGGUGACAUCCUCUACAGUAUUAGACUGACGUUGACACUUGCCUGCCCCAUGAGACUACAGAGGUUCCCGAUGGAUCGGCAGCAAUGCAACAUGCAGCUGGAAAGCUUUGGGUACAGCACGUCGGACUUGAAUUUUAGAUGGAAGAAUGACAACCCGGUCCAACUGUCAGAAGAUCUGGAACUCCCCCAGUUCAAGGUGGAAGGAUACACGCUGACGCGAUGUGAUAAGACCUACAACACAGGUAUCUUUACUUGUAUUGAAGCGCAGUUCAACCUAGUUCGUCAGAUGGGUUACUACCUCAUCCAGACGUACAUCCCCAGCUUGCUGAUUGUCAUCUUGUCCUGGGUCUCCUUCUGGAUCAAUAUGGACGCUGCCCCCGCUCGUGUGGCUCUAGGUAUCACCACGGUGCUCACCAUGACCACACAGAGCUCGGGCUCCCGUGCACAGUUACCCAAAGUCUCGUACGUCAAGGCCAUCGACAUCUGGAUGGCCGUGUGCCUCCUCUUCGUGUUCGCCGCGCUGUUGGAGUUUGCGGCGGUUAACUUCGUCUCCAGGCAAGACAAAGAAUUGCUGAGGAUACGGAGACGGAAACAGAAGAACAAGAAGCUAUAUAUUGGACCCGGUCUUCAGGUAUACCCGUAUGAGGACCACGACGAGAAAGAUGGACGGACUUUUAACUUUGCUGCGUACGGCAUGGGGCCCCAGCUCAACAAGGACGGGGUCAAGAAGCCAGGCGACGCACAAAAUGCUGCCCAGGAGAAAAUGAGAACCAAAUACAUAGACAGAGCUAAGAAGAUUGACACCGUCUCCCGGGCAGCAUUCCCGAUGGCAUUUCUGGCUUUCAACGUGCUCUACUGGACAACGUAUCUCGUGCACUUAUGAUCAACGAAAACGGACUCUUGUUACGCCUCUGUACACCGAGAUAGGAUAUAUACAGCAAGGGGGGAAAAUUAACGACUCUAGUUUAAUGAAGCGGACUGGCUUGUGCCAGAUGCUACCCAGGAGCUCGCCGAUGCACCAACUCACCCGGCAACGUACUGUAACUAUGUUCUGUACAUAAUUGACAUGCGGACACACCAUAUACAAGAAGAAGAGAUCAACACUGAACGAACUUUGAACGUUUGUCUUCUUACGUACUCUUCAGUUGUUACAGUUACAGGACAAGGUGCAUCCAUCGCAUUGCCGACUCCAUCAUCCAACAGAUACACACAAGCACACGCGCGGAGAGAAUACUAAACGAGUAUUGACUACGCCAUUAAUGAUCUGAAGAUGGCCUAGACGGGAAGAGACAUAAAUUCGUCCCCCAAAGCCUUCGGUGAUGAUAAAAGGUAGUCACGCGGAAAGAGUACCACCUCCGGUCUGGACAACAAGCCACCACACAUAUUGAAUUCCAGCACUCUUUUAAAAGCUGCGACACGAGCUGUACCAAACUCUGUACAAGAAACCUUGAAGAAACAGAGAUUUGAAGCAAAAUUCUAGAGGAACCACUCCCCUUUGAGUCCCAUCGCAGCUGCAAAACGUUCAAAAGCAAAGUGACUUCGAUUUCCAAAGCCUGCAAACACAGCAAGACUUCAUCUUUAAACUUCGUAAAUAUAAGAGUGCUGAUGCCAUCGGAAGAAGACCCUAUGGCUAUGCCACUGCAGAAUUACUACAGAGAACUACAAUCCUUUGGUUGAAAACAAGGUUGGCACUUUAUAAAACAGAAAAUACAGGACCUUAUCUCCAUUCCACAGGACCUCUCUAUCAUCAGGUAUAAAGGGAUCUCCUGGUAAGCUUCAACAAGCGGCAGUCGGGUUGCCUACCGGGCAGAGGUGACAUUGAAAUCCAACUCGCUCUCUUAUCAAAGGACAACUUUGAAGACGUAACGGCUAUUUUCAAAUCUGCAACGUGUCUGUUUAAGCGAAGUAUGGAAAUCAGCAAUUUGAAUUUAUUUUUUUGGAACGAACCACAUCUACAUCAGUCGUUUAUUCUUUCUACGAACAAAGUCACAACUGUCUGCAGAACCUUGCUUUGAAAGGUAUUCUGAGUUCAUUGGAAGAACUUAUUGGAAAUGAUACAGGAUUCUAUCUCACAGCUUCAGAGCAUCAGGAGACUUGACACGUCAAAAACUAGGGGGCGUUACGUUACUUAAAUAGGACCUCGACUGGACAAACUCAAAGUUGUCUACAAAGAGUAGAUCUGCAUGGGGACUCUGAUCAAUCGGUGGUAAGUAAAAAGUGUGGGUAAAAGAGAGCUACGAAUGUAAAUCGUUAAGCACUGUCGAGUCAUAAGUACACGAGAUUAAAUACUUAAAUUAAAAGUCUUUAAUGUAGGAUUGGAUUCUACGGUACGUUGUACAGUGGACGGUAUCUUUGUAAACGCAUGGUGUGACAAAAAGAGAAUCUACGGCACAACGUUCACAGUAUAUAGGUCUUAACUAUACUUUCCACAAUAACGUACUAAGCAAAUGAGAAUUUGCAAUGAAGAUAAAAAUUUGUAAACUUUUAACUGAAGUAAUGUAAGUGUCGAUGUAAAGAAUUAGCCAUAAGCAUAACUUCAGGAAAAAAUAGUGAAAAAAGACACUUUAUCCAUGCAUUCUAUGACUAUACUUUAAGCUGUGACAAUUGUGAUGUCAACUGUAAAGUCACAAUAAUGCGUUCAGGAUUCUAUAUAGGAUGCUUACAGUUGGUCAUUAAAUUGAGCAAGUAACAAGAGCAUUUCUUGUGCAUGGGACCCUUCUACAGCUAACAAAUAGAACUUAAAUCACUAAGCGGUGUGGGUGUAGUAAAAAAGUAAUCACCAAUACACCAUAAACGGCUUUUACUAGCCUCUGUUAUGUAGUAUAAAAUUGAAGCAAUACACGCGGUGUUCGAACGGUAAAUAAAUGGUAAAUUCGUAUACAUAUUCUAUUGAAUUUCAUAAUUUCGUAGAUUUUUACAAACAUAAUUUUCGUCGGUGAUACCCUGAUGGAAUUGCUACAUAGUAGCCUAUUACUAAGAUACAACGUACUUUGCCUUUUGAUGGUCGACGUUGAUGUUAGUCGUUCAACAUUGUAAUAUAGUUUCUGUAUACCUCUCUGCUAGACCACAAAUAUAGAUCAUAUCUUUACCCCUCGUUUGCAAAACACAUGUUAUUGGAAAUCUAUUUUUUGGUGUGAAUGUACAUGUAUUAAUAACAAUGAGUGACAAUAAACUAGCUCGGUUACCAUUACCAGCGGUUCUUGGAUAUUACCAUAUAAAAAUCACAUUGUUG